AUGUCUGAAAGAGACAGUAUAAUUCACCUGAUUGCAGGCGGUGUCGCAGGAACAGCCGGCGCUGUAGUAACAUGUCCAUUAGAAGUAGUAAAAACUCGUCUACAAAGUUCAAAUGCCUUUUUAUCAACUCCAACACGUUCUGCACGAAUUUCUGAUACGUCUAGUUUACAAAAUUCAUAUUCAGCUUUAAGACGUCCAGAACAGCGAAGGAAAUUCAGUUCGACGAUACUAAAACGAAUUAGACCUCAGAAAUCACCACUGAAAACAUUCUGCAACCGAUUUAACAUAAAUGUAUACGCUAUUUCACAUUGUGGUAUAUCCUCAGCGCCAAAGUCAAUGAGCAUUAUUCAAUGCUUAAAACACAUUGUACAAACAGAAGGGUCUAGAGCGCUUUUCAAAGGCUUGGGACCUAAUAUUGUUGGUGUUGCACCAAGCAGAGCCAUUUACUUUUGUACUUAUAGUCAGACAAAGGAGGCUCUUUAUAACUAUGGAAUCUUAUCGACUGACUCACCUUUAUCUCAUAUCGCUUCGGCAUCAUGUGCUGGAUUUGUGUCAUCUACGGUCACAAAUCCAAUAUGGUUUGUCAAGACUCGACUCCAGCUCGAUCACAAUUCAACAAAUAAGAUGACGGUUAUAGAUUGUAUUAAAGGAAUUUAUCGAACCAACGGAUUAAGAGGAUUUUAUAAAGGUAUUACAGCUAGCUAUUUUGGUAUAUCAGAGACAGUUGUUCAUUUCGUCAUCUAUGAGACGCUAAAAAGAAGACUUGUGGAUCUUCGUCAGAAGCGACCAGAAGAAGGAAAAUCAACGAGAGACUUUGUCGAAUUUAUGAUAGCAGGAGCUACUUCCAAAACAAUUGCUUCGUGUAUCGCAUAUCCGCAUGAAGUAGCUAGAACAAGACUUCGUGAAGAAGGCAAUAAAUAUAAUAGAUUUUGGCAGACACUGUUUCUUGUAUGGAAAGAAGAAGGUAAAGCUGGAUUAUAUCGAGGCCUUGCAACACAACUCGUGCGACAAAUUCCAAAUACGGCAAUUAUGAUGGCUACAUAUGAGUCCGUAGUUUAUCUUUUAUCAAUGAAAUUUAACGCUACAUUUUAUUUAGAAGGUCAUAGAAAUGGAAAUUCAAAUGGUAAAAGUCACUAGAUAAUCUCAAAAGCUAUAAGCUUUCUUUUGUGCCACC